AUGCUUGUCUCUUACUCAGUUGAUGACCUCAGGCCUACGUCCGACAGCUGGUAUCAUGAGGUAAUUCUCGACUUGGGCCACCAUCGGGCGCCCGCCUACAAUUGGAGGGCGAUCAAGAAGUGGGUGUCUCAAAACAAUGCCCACCCUGCGGUGAAGGGCCAUCGACGGGUCUAUUGUCAUUUCAUUCCGCGUAAGGCGAUCAUUACCGCGAUUCGCACCACAAUCCAGAUCAACAAUAUGACACGCUGCCAAGCUCUGGAGUUCCUGGUUGGAGUGACGCGGUUGUUGAAUCUCGUGCCAGAUGACAAGCUGCAUACCAUUGCCUGGGACGCGGACCGAGCGGCCUACGAUGCGUGGCUGACUUGGGCUGUGGAGUCGAUCGCCAACUGGGAACACAAUAUCUUCUUGGGGUAUGGAUCCGGGGACAAGGGGGGUGAGGCACUGGAUUUUCCCUGCACGUUUUGGGGAAACGACGAGGGGUUGAUGUGCGCCACUGCGCAAUUGAAUACUUGUCUCAAGGCGAGUAUGCGUUUACUCUCCGUACUUCACACUCUGGGAGAGUGGUUUGAGAAGCAGUUCACAGCACAUUAUACGGAAAGGUGGAUGGAAGGAUAUACCGGCAAAGCCUGGUCUGAAGCGGAUCAUAACGUUCCUGUGCGCAACUGGGAGGAGGUGGCAGACCAAGGGAACUCCUCGCUGAAGAUCGCGAGACGGAAUCUCCAACCCAGCCAGCGUAUCUCAUUUUGCUUGCAGGGUUCAUCUGAAGACUCUGAUGACGAGUGUUCGGAUUAUUGUCCCGGAGAGGGCGAAGGUGAAAUGGAGGAGGAAAGAGACUGGGAAUAA